CACGCAAAGUCCUCGUAAUACCACCACCAGAAAAACUAAUUGAACUUAACACGUUCGUUGAACACAGAAGGAAUUGUAAACAACAACAUUAAGCUAAAUUCAAAAAACUAAUUAUAUGAACACUAUUUAAUAGUAUUAACUGGACAGAGUAAUAAUUCAACGCAUAGGACUAAAGACGAUACAUUAAAAAAACAAAAUUAAACUUGUCAAAAAUCAUGUCAAUUUUAGCAAGCAUUAGAAAUUUUUUCGAUCAUGUCGGUGAGAAUUUGAACAAUACAUUUCGAUCACCAGGACGAUUACCUAGAAUGAAUUCAAACGCUGGAAAUAAUUCACGUUCAUCCACUGGUCCACCAAGGAAUUCACUACUAAGGCGACAAAGUGUUGCUGCAGAAAGUUUUGAUCCAGAAAAAGACAGUGAUGAUAAUAAUGAUGAAGAAAGGCAAAUAUAUCCAAAAUCUGACAGUCAACGUGCAAGACUAAGCAAUGCAGUGAAAGAAAUUCUACUAUUUCGAUGCCUUGAUGAAGAACAAAAAUCCAGAGUUAUUGAUGCAAUGCAAGAAAUGAAAGUGAAGCAAGGUGAAGUAGUCAUUUCUCAAGGUGAUGAUGGGGACAAUUUCUACGUAAUUGAAUCAGGAACAUAUGAUAUCUAUGUCAGAAAUUCCAACAGUACCGAUGGGCAACUUGGCGAGAAAGUUGGAUCGUAUAAUGGACAAGGAUCUUUUGGAGAAUUGGCCUUAAUGUACAACACAUCUAGAGCAGCAUCAAUAAUCGCUGCCACAGAUGGUAUAUUAUGGCUAAUGGAUCGAAGUACAUUUCGUCGGAUUGUUUUAAAAGCUGCAUUUCAUAAACGCCAGGCAUAUGUAGAACUGCUUGAAGAUGUCCCGCUGCUAAAAGAGUUGAGUAGUUAUGAACGCAUAAAUGUUGCUGAUGCCCUACAGUCAAGAGUAUAUCAAGAUGGUGCUACUAUCAUAUCACAAGGUGAAACUGGUAAAGAGAUGUUCAUCAUUGAAUCUGGAACUGUUAAAAUUAUUGUGAAAGAGAACUCAAAAGAAGUUGAAUUAAGUCGAGUUGGUAAAGGCGCUUAUUUUGGAGAACUGGCACUUAUCACCAAACGACCAAGAGCUGCAUCAGCCUAUGCAGUAGGACAGACUAAAGUGGCUGUGCUGGAUGUUGCCAGUUUUGAACGUUUAAUGGGUCCGUGCCUAAAAGUGAUGCAAAGAAAUAUUGAUACUUAUGAAAAACAAUUGAAUCAACUCCUUGGACCUGAUCAUCAGUUGAAAACAACUGAUCUUAGAUCAAAAUAAUCCCCCUCUCCCUCACACUCUCUCUUUGUGAUCACAUUUCACACUUCAAAUCAACAUCAGACAUUUUUGGUUGUUUGUUGGUUCGUUUUUUUUUUCUAAUUUUUGUUUUUCUUCAGCAAUAUCCAUUUCUUUGUCAUUUAAGUAUUUCGUAUGUAUUUUAUAAAAAUCGAAAUAAUAAAAAAAUAGAUUAUUCACCAUUUCCCCCCCCCUAUCGCAUCGUUUGUUUUUUCUUCAAAGUGACCUCUUCAGCUGUUUUAACUGAUACAUCAUUUCAUUGUUGACUCAGUGUUGACUCUCACGCACUUUUGAUAAUAUAUAAUAUCUAGCCAGCCAUUCAUUUCGAUACUUCAUAAUUCCCAAUGUCGCAGAAGAAGAGUACUACG